UCCCCCUGUAGUCGGGUGUUUACGGUAGUGUUCGGGCCCCGCCCCCUGAGUCCGUGCAGGAGAAGCAGAGCUGUUGCAGAGUCUGUAACACAGAGUGUCCUCCUGCUGCUGUGACUGAACACACACUGCCAGGAGGCCAGGGAUCAGUUCACUUUGAGGAGAUCUUCUCAUGAUGUUGCCACAGCACCUGAAGCAGAUCCGAGUCCUGAUGCUGAACGACACGCAGAACUUAGAGAGAACUCUGUUCAGGCUCGAACAAGGCUUCGAGCUCCAGUUUCGGCUGGGUCCGAGUCUUCAGGGCAGGAGGGUGACACUGCACACCAACUAUCCCCUGGAAGGACAGCGCUUUGAACGACACAGCUUCCGGGUUUUGGCGUGGAACUACCCGACAGGACGAGAGGAUGACUCUGAUAAGUUCUGCUCUCUGGACCUGCAGGUGGCCGGCUCCUACGAGUACUUCUUUGGAUACGGAGACACGGAGCGGUCAGGCAGCGGGUAUAUCGUCGUUGACCCGGUCCUCCGAGUCGGCGCAGACCAGCAUGUCCUUCCUUUGGACUGCAUCACCAUCCAGACCUACUUGUCCAAAUGUCUGGGACACCUGGACGACUGGCCGGACAGACUGAGGGUGGCCAAGGAGUCAGGAUACAACAUGAUCCACUUCACGCCCCUGCAGACGCUGGGAGAGUCCAGGUCCUGUUACUCUCUGGCAGACCAGCUGACCUUUAACCCUGAGUUCAGCCCGCCGGGUCAGAACUACAGCUGGGCGGAUGUGGGGGGACUGGUGGACCAGCUAAAGAAAGAGUGGAACAUGCUGUGUAUCACAGACGUGGUGUACAAUCACACUGCUUCUAACAGUGGGUGGAUCAAAGAUCAUCCAGAGUGUGGCUACAACCUGGUGAACUCCCCCCACCUGAGGCCAGCAUGGGUGUUAGACAGAGCCAUCUGGCAUCUCACCACCAGAGUGGCAGAGGGGCGCUACGAGGCUAAAGGACUCCCUGCUAACAUCACCAACGAGAGCCAACUGAACGCUAUCCGCACUGUGUUGUGGGAGGAUGUGUAUCCUCAGAUCAAGCUGUGGGAGUUCUUCCAGGUCCGAGUGGACGGUGCCGUGGAUCAGUUCAGGAGUCUGCUGAUGAAAGGUGCCAAACCUAACCACGCCAAGACCGGAGGGGAGAAGGGCGUGAAGAUCGUUCAGGACCCAAACUACCGUCGCUUUGGAAACACCGUGGACAUGGACUCAGCUCUGGAGACGUUCGUGCCUCACAGCUCGUCCAAGGAGCACAUGGAGGAGUGCUGUGAUUGGCUGAGAGAGAGGCUGAACCAGAUGAAUGAGGAGCAGCAUCACAUGAUGAAGCAGCAUCAGGAGAAGGCUGCCAACUGCAUUGUGGGAAACGUGGUGUAUGAGCGCCUGGCAGACCACGGCCCCAAACUCGGUCCUGUUUCCAGGAAAAACCCUCUGGUUACCAGGUAUUUCACCUACCCGUAUCAGGACAUGGCUCUGGAGCAGGAGAUGCAGCUGCUGGACCAGCCAGGCAAGAUGUGUCACUUCCUGGCUCACAACGGCUGGGUGAUGGGCGAUGAUCCGCUGCGUAACUUUGCUGAGCCAGGCUCCAACGUGUACCUGCGUCGGGAGCUGGUCUGCUGGGGGGACAGUGUUAAACUGCGGUACGGUCGGGGUCCUGAAGACUGUCCUUACCUGUGGGCCCACAUGCAGAAAUACACCGAGAUCACUGCCAAGUACUUCCACGGAGUCAGACUUGACAACUGUCACUCUACGCCCAUACAUGUGGCCGAGUUCAUGCUGGACGUGGCCAGAGCAGUGUGUCCUAACCUGUAUGUGGUGGCUGAGCUCUUCACUGGCAGCGAGGAGCUGGAUAACGUCUUCGUUACCAAGCUCGGCAUCUCAUCUCUCAUCAGAGAGGCCAUGUCAGCCGGGGACAGCCACGAGGAAGGACGACUGGUGUAUCGGUAUGGAGGAGAGCCGGUCGGAGCGUUCGUUCAGCCCAGUCUCCGCCCACUGAUGCCAUCCAUCGCCCACGCCAUGUUCUUGGAUGUGACCCAUGACAACGAGUGUCCCAUACAGCUGCGCUCGGCCCUGGACUCCCUCCCCAGCUCUGCCAUCGUCUCCCUGGCCUGCUGCGCCACCGGCUCCACCAGAGGAUACGAUGAACUAGUGCCACACCAGAUCUCUGUGGUGAAGGAGGAGCGUUUUUAUCCUAAGUGGAACCCCUCAGCGCCCCCCACCUCCACCUCAGAGGUCGGGCUGCAGAGCGGCAUCAUCGCAGGGAAACAGGCUCUGAACAAGCUGCACCAGGAGCUUGCUGCUCAGGGAUUCAUGCAGGUCUUUGUGGACCAGGUGGAUGCAGAUAUCGUUGCCAUCACUCGUCACUGUCCCAGCACGCACCAGUCUGUGGUGGCGGUGUGCAGGACCGCUUUCUGGAACCCCAAAUCCCACGAGUACAGCCCCACCGUCCCACCCAUGUUCAUACCAGGAAAGAUAGAGGAAGUGGUGCUGGAGGCGAGGACUGUAGAAAGGAAUGCUGGGAGUUAUAAGAAGGAUGAUAAAUACAUCAACGGCAUGACGGAGUACACUGUGGAGAUCAGGGAGCAUAUACCGUUGGAGCAGAGUGCAGUCGUGAAGAAGGCUGGAGAUAAGGCCAAAGGUCAAUCAGAGUUUGUGCAGGAGAUCACCUUCCAGAAGCUGACACCUGGCAGCGUGGUCGCCUUCAGGGUGAGUUUGGACCCCAAGGCGCAGAAGCUGGUGGGGAUCCUGAGGUACUACCUGUCCCAGUUCAGCCCCAAAUACAAGAGAGGCAGCGUGGCAGAGGACAAUCCCCCUGAGGCUCUGCAGAAACCCCUCUCACAGCUGAUGUCGAAGCUAACGUUAGCCGACCUGAACGUGCUGCUGUUCCGCUGUGACGCUGAAGAACAAGAAGAUGGAGGAGGAUGUUACAGCAUCCCGGGCUGGGAGAGCUUCAAAUAUGCUGGACUGCAAGGUCUGAUGUCUGUGUUAGCUGAUAUCCGCCCCAACCACGACCUGGGCCAUCCCGUGUGUGCUAACCUGAGACAAGGAGACUGGCUGAUAGACUACGUGUCCAACAGGCUGAUCCAAAAAGAGGGCCCACUGGCUCAGGUGGGUCAGUGGUUGGCGGCCAUGUUUACCUACUUGAAGCACUUCCCUCGCUACCUCGUCCCCUGCUACUUUGACGCCAUCCUGGUGUCCACCUACACCACGGCCCUGGACGCCACCAACAAACUCAUGUCCAGCUUUGUCCAGAACGGCUCCACCUUCGUGCGUCACUUGGCUCUGGGGUCGGUUCAGAUGUGUGGCGUCGGACGUUUCCCCGCCCUGCCCCCCCUCUCUACCAAACUGGAUGACGUGCCGUACCGCGUCAGUCCAAUCACAGGACAGAAGGAGCAGUGCUGCGUCUCGCUGGCUGCAGGCCUUCCUCAUUUCUCCUCUGGGAUCUUCCGUUGUUGGGGCAGAGACACCUUCAUCGCUCUCAGAGGACUCAUGCUGCUCACAGGGAGACACACCGAGGCCCGUAACAUCAUCCUGGCCUUUGCGGGGACGCUGCGUCACGGUCUGAUCCCCAACCUGCUGGGCGAGGGACGCUGUGCCCGGUACAACUGUCGUGAUGCCGUGUGGUGGUGGCUGCAGUGCAUCCAGGACUACACUGCCCUCGUUCCUCAUGGUGUAGAAAUCCUUCGCUGCCCCGUCACACGGAUGUACCCGACUGAUGACUGUGAGCCCCGCAAACCUGGAGAGGUGGAGCAGCCUCUGUAUGAUGUGAUCCAGGAGGCCCUGCAGCGCCACCUCGAGGGGAUUUCCUUCAGAGAGAAAGACGCUGGACCCAAGAUAGAUAAGAACAUGAGGGAUGAAGGGUUCAACCUGUCGGCCAAAGUGGAACCAGCAACAGGAUUUGUGAGCGGAGGAAACCGCUUCAACUGCGGGACCUGGAUGGAUAAGAUGGGAGAGAGUGAGGCGGCCAGGAACAAAGGCAUGCCUGCUACUCCAAGAGACGGAGCAGCGGUGGAGAUCGUGGGUCUCAGUAAGUCCACUGUUCGCUGGGUGGUGGAGCUCCGAGCUAAAGGACUGUUCCCCUAUGAUGGAGCUAAAGUGCACAGAGACGGUAAGGAGGUGUUUGUCGCGUACUCCCAGUGGAACCAGCAGAUCCAGCAGUCCUUUGAAGCCGGAUUCUGGGUCUCUCUGGACCCUCAUGACCCAAAAGAGAAGCGCCCUGACCUGGUCCAUAAGAGAGGUAUCUACAAGGACAGCCAUGGAGCCUCCAGCCCCUGGUGCGACUACCAGCUCAGACCUAACUUCACCAUCGCCAUGGUGGUGGCUCCGGAGCUGUUCACCGUGGACAGAGCGUGGAGAGCUCUGGAGGUGGCUGAGCAGAAGCUGCUGGGACCCCUGGGGAUGAAGACCCUGGACCCAGACGACAUGAUGUACUGUGGCGUCUAUGACAAUGCUCUGGACAACGAGAACUACAACCUGGCCAAAGGCUUCAACUACCACCAGGGACCAGAGUGGCUCUGGCCCGUAGGUUAUUUCCUUCGUGCUAAACUCUACUUUGCAAAGAAGCUGGGAGAGGAUAAGUACGGCAGGACGGUGACGCUGGUGAAAAACGUCCUGUCGCGACAUUACACCCACCUGGAGAGGUCUCCAUGGAAAGGUCUCCCUGAGCUGACCAAUGAGAACGGAGAGUUCUGUCCCUUCAGCUGUGAGACCCAGGCCUGGUCCCUGGCCACCGUGCUGGAGGUCCUCCAUGACCUCUGAACCCCCUCACCCCCCUCCGUAUGAUGCUGUCCUCCCUCCUGAAGCUGAAGUUUUAACUUGACCCCUCAGUAAACCUCCUCUAAAUCACACGAGCAUCCUCUCUUGAGCUGAUCUGGAGUCAGUGUUGAUCUCAUCAAGUCUGUCUCACGUUUUUAGAUCAUCAGACUUCACGUCUUCAACCUUUUACACUUUCUCUUCGUGUUUGUUAGCCACCUAAACAAACUGAAAUCAAAGUCUGACUCUGUGUCGACUUGUUUUUAAGAAGAACAACAUUUAACCACAAACACAGAAAGACAGCCUGCAGUUCAAAAACAGCUGAUUAACGUUUGAUGGUAACAUGUUGUAUUUAUCGUCCCAUGAAUCAUCACUUGGGCCCUGCAGCCAGCCGUCGAACACAAGGGCCAGAACCACGGUUUGUCCACCUGAGCAGGUGCGUUCAUACUGACCUCAGAUCAGCUGUUACUGUGAGCACUUCCCCCAAACAACCCGGAUCAGGAGGUAGCACCAGUGUUUAUGUAGCUGGGCCUCUCCCAUAAAUCUAACCUCCACCUGAAGCCUUCACACACCUGUCAGCACAUCGGUGUCCUUCUCCCAACAAGCCUUAUGAUGUAAGUUAAUAUUUGAGUCAUGUAGUUGUGUAUUAAACCCAGCUGUGUGUGUGUGUGUGUGUGUAACACAGGACUUUCACCACAUCCAUGUCCGGUCCGUCUCCGAUCCACUGCAAUGUUUUAUUCUGAAAAUUCAUUUUGUUUUGGUGAAACCUGACUUCCUGUCCUGCUCCAUCUGCUCUGUUGAGAUUGAUGCGUUGUGCUCUGGUAUCCGGCUAAAAAAGAAGUCUUGCGUAUCUGAUCCGGAGGGCUCCAACCUGCUGGAUCAGAGAAACAGCUGGAACGCAACGGAGCGGAUCCAGUGGAAGUUAACACAUUGACUAGAAUAGAAACCUAUCAGAUCUGGUGCUGAGCUGGAUCGGAGAUGGACCAGACACGGAUCUGCUGGAAUUUGUCCGUUUGCAGAGGUGUGGUGUGUAACAUCUCUGCUGACAGCCUCUCACGUCACACAGACGGCAUGUUUCAAAGUGACCCGUAAUAAAGCUUCUGUUCAAAGUCCACUGCCACUGGAGUUUAAAAAUCCUGCUGCCUUGAACACAUCACACCCUGAGGUCUCUGCUGAAGUGUUCACUCUGUCUGUCCCCUGAACACAGCACUCGGCGUGUUUGUAGAACAUUCACCAGCUCCCAGUGCAGCUGAGGUUGUGUCUGUCUGUUAACAUCUCCUCAGCUCCUGUCAGUCCGUUUAGUUCAAGAACUGUAACGUGUUCAUGCUGUUCAUCAGUGUUUCUGUAACGUUGUUGUUUACUCUGUUUGUGUAGUGAUACCACGCUGAAUAAACUGUUACAUGACUGA